AUGGGGUCAAAGGACUAUGGGCCUACUUGGAUUCACCAACAAUCACCGAAGCAGACGAAUGACAUACCUCUUUCCCCGUCAAAGCAAGCCCGAUGCAGCCAUGCAGCGCCUGAUGAUGAGGUGGAAAUCUUGGAUAUUGAAGACCUCCCGACAAAUAGCCAUAGCGAUUUUCUAGGCGCUCAGACUGUGAAGCCAUAUGAAAUUGAAGAACCUGAUGAUGACACUGCAUCCGAAAUCCAUAAGUCCAGCUUACCACAGCAGGAACAAACCCGACUCUGGGAGGACUUAGUCGGUUCAAUGCAAGACCUUUCCUGCGACUCCGAUACCAACAACCCGGUGACAAUGUAUCCAUCAAGAGGCAGAAAGAGGAGGCCCAGCAAUAUGGCGACCAGCCAUUCCCACCCUGGCGAGGCCCGCCUCUCUACGUCCGGGCGGGAUGGGCAAUACGAUGAGCAUAGCUUAAACCCGAAGCGACGGCGGAGUCAAGGCAAGCCUCCAAAGAACUAUGAAUACUCCAGAACGAACCAAGAGCAGCGCAUCCGCGCAGCUGAAGAGGGUGGCGGGACCUCCAGCGAGACUCUAUCAGGGAAUACAAGCGGCACAAAUAUCGAUAGCACUAGCGGCUGUACAACCGCGGAUGAGAUGGACAUAGAUUAA